AUGGAGUCAGUGUGGUGCGUGCAACUUAAAGGAUUCAAAUCUUUGGCUUUGGAGCAAGAAGGUGAUGUUGUUAUUGGAGGGCUUUUUCCUCUGCACUUUUUGGCUCCUGAGCUACAACAGAGCUACCACAGCAAACCCCAAAACACAGCUUGCAGUGGGUUUGAUCACAGGGCGUUUCGAUGGAUGAUGACUAUGGCGUUUGCUGUGGAGGAAAUUAACAACAAGUCUGAUCUGUUACCGGGGAUUAAAUUAGGCUACCGGAUCAUGGACAGCUGUGACAGCAUCCACACUAGCUUGCAGGCUUUUUUCUCUUUAGUCAGUUUCUCUACGAUUGUGUCAACGCAGCUUGGAUCUUCUACAUGUGUGUCUGAUUCUCCCAUUCCUGCUAUUAUUGGUCUUGCAUCUUCUUCUCCAUCACGAGCUGUAGCUCAAACUCUUGGCUCAUUUAACAUCCCGCUGGUGAGUUACUUUGCAACUUGCACGUGUCUUAGUGACAAGCAAAUAUACCCAUCAUUCCUGAGAACUGUGCCGAGUGACUUUUUUCAAGUCAAAGGUCUCGUACAGCUGGUUACAUUCUUUGGCUGGUUCUGGGUGGGCACAAUCGGAACCACAGAUGAUUACAGUCGCUAUGGGAUCCAAGCAUUCUCUGAUCAGUUUGGAUUAAAAGGUGGUUGUGUGGAAUAUCGUCUCACUAUUCCAGCAUCACCCACAACAGCUGAGAUACAAGAGAUUACAAAUAGACUAAAGAGUUCCACCACACAGGUCGUUGUGGCUUUUGCUACAGAGGGUCAACUGCUGAAUCUCUUUUUAGAACUUGCUCAACAAAAUGUAACAGGGAUCCAGUGGGUAGCUAGUGAGGCCUGGGUAACUGCGAAACUUCUUACCCAACCACACUUCCACCAUCUUUUAGAAGGAACCCUUGGCUUUUCUUUCCCUGGAGUCCGGAUACCUGGAUUGAAAGAGUUUCUUCUGAAUGUUCAACCUUCUCCCAAACCAGGGAUGGAAAUUAUAAACAUGUUUUGGCAAGAGCAGUUUGGUUGUAAGCUAAAGUUUGAAGGAGAUAAACAUGAGAAUGUGGAUAACAUCAGACCUGUGUGUACAGGGUCAGAAGAUCUGAGUCUAACUUCUAGCAGUUAUACAGACGUGUCACAGGUCAGAAUAUCGUAUAAUGUGUAUAAAGCUGUUUUUGCGAUUGCACAUGCUCUGCAUGCUUUACUGCAUUGUGAUUCAGCAGGAUCUUACAACAGAACAUGUGACAAACAUAGACAGAUCACCUCUAAACAGUUAUUACAUCAUCUAAGGUCUGUGAAUUUUACCAACCAGUUUCUGGAGAGAGUACAUUUUGACUCUAAUGGAGAGCCAGUCCCACUCUAUGGCAUCAUUAACUGGCAGAAGGACAGCAAUGGUGACAUCAGAUUUGUCAAAGUGGGAACUUAUGAUGGUUCAGCUCCACUGGAACUACAACUGCUAAUAAACCAGAGCAACAUCAUAUGGACAAGGGGCGAGUCACAGGUCCCUACAUCCCAGUGUAGUGUUCCAUGUCCUUCUGGCAGCAGACAGGCCGCACGUCCAGGAGAGCCUCUCUGUUGCUUUGAUUGUUUACCUUGUGCAGAUGGAGAGAUCAGCAACCAGACUGGUUCGACUGAGUGUAUCAAAUGUCCAGAGUUCUACUGGUCAGACGAAGACAAGGUGAAAUGUGUUGCAGGCGUAGAAGAAUUCUUGUCUUACAAUGAGACCAUGGGUAUCAUCUUAGUGGCUCUCUCUCUGCUGGGUGUCAUCCUGACAAUCAUCAUCACCAUCGUCUUUCACCAUUUCCGGACAACACCCAUCGUCAAGGCCAACAACUCAGAGAUCAGCUUCUUGCUUCUUCUGUCACUCAAACUCUGUUUCCUGUGUUCCCUGGUGUUCAUUGGCCAACCGUCUGUGUGGACAUGUAUGCUUCGCCAGGCGGCUUUUGGGAUCAGCUUUGUUGUCUGUCUGUCCUGCCUAUUAGUCAAAACUAUUGUGGUUCUUUUGGCUUUUCGGGCUAAUGUACCUGACCCCAAGGGUCUGAGGAUGUUUGGUCCAUCUCAGCAGAGAAUUAUGAUCUUCUGUACAACAGUUCCUCAGGUGGAAGGACAAUGCAACUGUACAUUUCUACAAUGUUUGACUGAUUUCCGCUUUUUGAAAUUCAUAAUGAACUUUUGUUGCCUUCAGAUCUGUCUCUGCACAGGUUGGCUGACGGGGGCUCAUCCAUUCCCAUUCAGGAAUCCAACAUUCCAAUCCUCAAAUGGAAAAAUUUUUGUAGAGUGCAAGGAGCCAUGGCCUGUUGGAUUCUACCUGGUUCUUGGCUACAUCGGGCUGAUUUCCUUCGUCUGCCUCUUGCUGGCGUUUCUUGGACGGAAGCUACCAGAUACUUUCAAUGAGGCAAAAUUAAUCACCUUUAGCAUGCUGAUUUUUAUGGCUGUGUGGAUCUCUUUCAUUCCAGCUUAUAUUAGCUCUCCUGGAAAGUUUUCAGUAGCUGUGGAAAUAUUUGCAAUAUUAGCCUCCAGUUUUGGUCUCUUGUUGUGUAUUUUUGUGCCUAAAUGUUACAUAAUCUUAUUGCACCCUGAGAGGAACAUUAAAAAGGGCCUGACUGGAAAACAUAACCGGUGAAAUGUCACGGGCACACAAAAAUACAAUCUUUUAAACUGAAAAUGUUCAAAAGAAUUAAGUUUGGAAGGCAAAAUGUAAACAUUGCGCAAUAGUUUAUUAGUUUUGCUUUCACAGAUCCUCUCUGAAAUUAACUCUGCUUUCACCUUAAAACUGUCUUUAUUCUCAUGAAUGUUUGUACCACUUUGGUUGCACCUGUACGUGGAUUUAUUUGAUGAUUUUGUUGGAAUAUUGCUUUUUUUGUUUAGGAUGAAAGGUUUAAUAUUUGUAUCCAUUUAUUAUGUAAAACUGCAGUUACGAUUGUUUUACAUAUGUAACGGAAUGAAAUGACUGUUUUCCAUCUAAAAGUCAUUUCCCCCCUCUCCUCAGCAAGAACUAAUCUGCAUGAGAUAUUGCCUCAAGGUCUCAUGCAUCUGCUCCUAAACUGUUUCCCUUUCCAGCACAAGAGAAGAAUGAAGACAAAGGACUCUUUCUUUUUAAUAAAUCAAAGAACUCAAAUAUUUUAAUAAGCUAAUCAAACAAAGUUUUAGUCAAUAAUUAAAUGUGAACCAAUUUGUGAAAUGAAAAUAUUAAUUACUUUAUUAUAAUCCUAUAGAAUAUAAUAAGUCAUAUGACUUUAAAUGUUUCCACUUGGACUGAUCUCACGUAGCAUCAAGACAUGACACAUUGCUUUUACUGAUCCAGUCAGAAUCCGCCAGAUCGGACGGAGGCGUGGUUUUGGUGGUGCUUGGUAAAUCUGUCAUCUUUUCAUUCGACCGUAAAUCAAAACAUCCGAAGUAUAAAACUAUGCCCACGUCAUCUUUAACGCCAGUUCAA